AUGGCUAUCACCAUCCGCGACCCUUCCAUCGCCAGUUCUCACCGGCUCUUCACUGCCCUGCGCGAUCCGGAACAGAUGCCCCCUCCUCAUAAUCAUACUCCUCCGCCGCUUCCAUCGUCGUCGUCGCCCACGCCCAAGAUGAGCAUGUGGCAGCGUUUGGGCCUGGGCCGAUGGCUUCACCACCGCGACGACCGCUCCGGCUCGAGCUCCCCCACCAACAACAACAACAACAACAACAACAACAACAAUGGACCCCUGUCCCGACGCAUAACUCGAAAGGUCGGUGUUGGCCUGCCUCGACCAGCCACGUUUCGACGCCAGAAUUCCGAGCAGCGAGAUCGCCUCGCGCCCACCGACCCCGAGCCGCGGCGUGCCCAGUCGGUCGACCGUCGACGCACGCUCAGCGUCCAGCGGACUCAAUCCCCUCCUCCAGCCGCUAUUGCCAGGCUCUCUGCCCCCGAGGUUGGCUCCUGGGUCGACCAGGCAUCUGCUGCCCUGACGAUAAGAUCCGAUGCUGACUCGGCCCAUGAAGACUUGCGCGACGCCGCUACUUUGUCCCACGUCGACUCCGCGCCCUCGUACCGCGACGACUAUCUCCGGCCCGUGGAGAGCUUCGAAGACCCGCUCGAGCUGGAAUUGGAACGGAAAUGGAUCCUCAACCUAAGCAUGCACUUUCGCGACAAGUCGGAACGCGAAAAAUUCUUUGUGACAUACGCCGAGAGGCCCAAUCGGUGGAGGCGAGUGACCAUAUCGUGUGACUACCGCAACGCACCGCCGGGCUCGUUGGAGUACGAUUUGAAGGAGCUGCAUUAUCAGCGGGAUAAAAGUGCUCGUAUUUACGAGUCGAUUCGAGAAUCGCUGCCCGAUAUCCAAUUCUACGACACGGUGACCAAUCUCAGACUGGACACGAGCGACGGUCGUUUACACGUACACGUGACGGAGGAUGUGAACGAAAUCAUUCCGUAUCCGCCAAUUACAAGCAUUGGCCAUCUUAAAACUCGACUAAUUCGAGAGUCCGAACUGUUGUUUGAUACCCAUCUUUCUGGGUUUGUGUAUAGGGUGAAGUUGGAUGGGAGGACUUAUAUUAAAAAGGAGAUACCAGGUCCGGACACGGUAGACGAGUUCCUUUACGAAAUAAACGCGCUCCAUGCGCUGUCCGGUUCCAAGAGCGUCAUCCAGUUCGAAGGAAUUAUAGUUGAUGAUCGCUGUGAGCGACUCAAGGGUCUAAUCAUUAGUUAUGCUGAACAGGGUGCAUUAGUGGACGUCCUGUACGACUUUCGGGGCCAAUUAACUAUCAAGCGGAGAGAACGCUGGGCCCGCCAGAUUGUCCAAGGCCUUUGCGAGAUCCACGAAGCCGGCUACGUUCAAGGGGACUUUACGCUAUCUAAUAUUGUUAUUGAUGCGGACGACAAUGCCAAAAUCAUUGAUAUCAAUCGCAGAGGAUGUCCGGUCGGAUGGGAACCGCCGGAAAUCGCCGCCAAGAUCGAGAGCAACCAGAGGAUCACCAUGUACAUUGGCGUCAAAUCGGAUCUUUUCCAGCUUGGUAUGACUUUGUGGGCAUUGGCAAUGGAAGAAGACGAGCCGGAACGCCAACCUCGCCCGUUGUUUAUACCUAUCGACGCCAAGGUUCCGGACUAUUACAGGAGAGUAAUUGCCCACUGUCUUAGCGACCGUCCACAGGAGCGAUUGUCGGCCAAGGAAUUGCUAUCCUUCUUUCCAAUCGACCCGGACGAACACAUGAUUUAUGCUACUUUGCCUCCAUGGAUCGCUCCCGGACACCCGCCCACUUCCAGUCCACCUUACUAUGGCAGUCUCCCUCCACGAAUCUCCCACCGAAGUGUCUGUCUGGAUGAUGAGCACGGUUCUGGCCGUCCAGGCGUGGUAUAUGUCACGCCCGCCGAGUACGAUGCGCAGGAAAUCGAUUAUCCUCCACGCGGCCGCCGUCCGUCGACUACGCAUGCUCUACCUCCCAGUGACUACCAGCCGUCCAUGUACGUCCCAUCCAGUGCCUCUCCCAAUCUGGACGGACGCCGGUCAAUCUCCCACAGUGACUUUGAGCUACACAGAGCAUCGUCUCCCGAUCUUAGCCUCGAGCCUCGUUUUGAAGAAGUAGAAUUCAACGGCACGCAGUAUCUGGUUAACCCCGAUGGGUUCUCAGCAGAGGAGUUUGAGGCGCUGAGAGACAACACGCACGAGCCACACGACUCGCAGGAGCUUCAGAGUGCACACAGCUCGGGCCUUAGUCGAGUCGUUGUGCCAUCGUCCACCGCGGAUGGCAGCAAGGAAACCGAAGUUGACCUUGGUAGGGACGCAAAUCUAGACUCGCGGGCCCGUGAUAGUACCAACAACAAGUCUGAAGAAAAAGAAGUUGGUCGGCUCCCAAACAGUGCAUUUUUGGGAGAUAUUGCUGGUAUUGGCGGUCAUGCCUCGUGUUCUCUGGACGCUAUGAUUCCGAGUGAUCUCCCACAGUCUGCCAAAUUGAAAUCGCCUGCCAUCAACCAGUCACUCUCAAUGACCUCUUUGAAUCGAAAAUCAUCUUUACGCCAAUCUGGGCAUCUACCAGCCGAAGUACCGGAAACAAAAACGAAUCUUAUAACUGAAACAGAAAUCCCCAUGGACCAAUAUACUCCUACUGAAAGCAAGACGAGCCUGGAAGCAUCGCUUCUCAGCUCUCGCCUUCCGAUAAACCCAGCCCUUGCUCAACCAGUAACUCUUACGACUGAGCCAGCUACUACACAACCUCUGCAGCCUCCACACCCAGGACGAACAUCUUUUCUCCUAGACUCGAUCCUCCCAAUCAACCCUGCUUCCUCAAUGCAAUGGCUUGACGGGUCUAAAAUCGCAAACUCUCUACCGACGCACAUAUCCACAUAA